CCCGAACCAUAACCACCACCACGAACGUAGCGCCUACACCUCCGUCUUCCUGGUCAGUAGCUUGAUUUUACGAACAUGGCCGAACGUGCACCCUCCCCGACACCCUCCGAACGUGCCCGCAAGGACGCCGAAGACCGCAAGCGCGAGGAAGAAGAACAGGCGGGACUGCCGUACAAAUGGACGCAGACACUCGAAGAGGCGGAAGUCAGUGUGCCCAUCCAAGGGAACCUGAAGGCGAGGGAUUUGGUUGUUGAAUUGAAGAAGACGCACAUCAAGGUCGCGGUCAAGGGCCAGGACCCGAUCAUCGACGGCGACUUCCCCCAUCCGAUCCAAACCGACGACUCGACGUGGGUUCUGUCGCCCAAACCGGACGGGAGCAAAGAAAUCCUCAUCACUCUCGCCAAAGCCCACGGGUCCUACUGGUGGGCGCACAUUGUCACGUCGGCGCCCAAGAUCGACACCACAAAGAUCGUGCCGGAGAAUUCCAAACUCAGCGAACUCGACGGCGAGACGCGGGGGAUGGUCGAAAAGAUGAUGUACGAUCAGAACCAGAAAGCCAUGGGCAGACCAACGAGCGAUGAGCAAAAGAAGGACGACAUCCUGAAGAAGUUCAUGAAGGAGCAUCCGGAGAUGGACUUCUCGAACGCAAAGAUCGGAUGAGACGUCAGAGAGAGCGAAGAGGAGUGCGUCGAAUCGAAGAGGCUGAGGGGGCAGAAUUGGGAAUGAUGACCUUGUGGGCAUCUGCCCUGAGAUCCUGUUCCCCCACGUACGAAAUGAAUGGCCGAUAACCACCUUGGAAGCAUAAAAUGUUACGAUUCACGAGGGAAAAAACAAUGGGAGGCACCGCAUCAUCAGGAGUUUCGAGAAUUGGGUCGUCAAUAGCAUCAUCAGCAUUCCUGGGACCAUAAAGGACUUGCAUUAACCAAGCUGGUUACCCUCAACCACAUGCCAUGAGACUCCAGGGAUGGCGUCGCAGCGAGGGAGUAUCGCCCGUCAUUGUUUCUCGCCUCGAAAACCCGCUCCUCCGUACUCACGAGUUACAGCUCGUCCCGCUUCUUGCCCGAUCCUCCAGCCUGUCUCAGCCGCCACAUCUGAAUCCCAUGUCUCGGCACCUCCGCCUGCAACGUCCCUCCCCCUUGGACGGUCCCAGCCGGCGUGCCAAUCAAGAGGGGGUUGCUCUGGUUCAGCCCCGUGGCCCAAGUUGUCUCGCUGGCAUUGUAAUAUCCCGUGGCGUUGCCCACCGCAAGCGUGCCGUUCAACACCUGGGCUGCCACCUCGGUGCUCAUGACCGUGUGGUUGCCCCAGACGUCGAACAGAUCCCAACUCUUUUGGGCAUUAGUGUUUGUGCGGAGGCCGCCAAAGACGUCGACAAGGCUGUAGGACAUGGUGCGGGAGUUGUUGCCCGCGUUGAGAAAGGCGACCACCUGGUCGCCAUUGCUCAGGCUUCCUUGCCACACUUGAACCUCUCCGAAUCCCCACGCGUCCUUGUCGUCGACCUGUUGCGUGACUGUCCUGGAAACGGCACUGACGCUGGGAUCCUGCGAUAUGGCCAACACAGCCGGGUUGGUCAGGAUCGCAUAGUCUUCGGGGGAAAGCUGGUCGAGUUUGUUCCCCAUGAUCAACGGAGACUUGAUGGCGGCCCACAUGCUGAAGUGGACUUUGUAUUCGUCAUAGGACAUGCCGCCGUUCCCUACCUCAAGCAUGUCGAGGUCGUUGUAGUAUCCCGCUUGGUUUUUGCUGCGAAUGGAGCUCGCCUUGCCGAGGAUAUUCAUGACCGAACAGCC